AUGAGCGCUUGGGCCGUACUUGUUUUAUACUUCUUCACUAUCAGUAAUGUCCUGUGUUAUGGCCCAGAUCUCUCAGGAUUACGUGGGUUAUUAUCUCCAGAUGCGUCCAUCGCCUAUGACACUCUUGGAGCUCCACGAUGGAGCGAAUUUCCAGCACCCGACGCGGGGGCUGUGGUAAAUCCUGCCACGGAGGAUGAUGUGCUUGUGACAGUUCGAUAUUGCAUUGAGCAAAACAUUCCCUUCCUUGCGCAAAAUGGAGGCCAUGGAUCCUCAAUUACCUUCACUUUGGACAAGAGCGGAGUUAUCAUCAAUUUGGAACAACUGAAUCAUGUUCGCGUGAACGCUGCGGGAACAGAACUCUGGUUGGAAGGAGGUGCAUUGGUCAGUGAUGUGGUGGCCGCUGCGUUCGCAAGGAAUACCAUUGUUCCCACGCCAACUUGUAACUGCAUCGGGCAGCUUGGCGCAGGAUUAGGUGCUGGCUACGGAAAUUUGGUAGGAGCUUACGGCCUUAUCAUUGAUAAUUUGAUUUCCGUAAAUAUCGUUACACCGGCCGGAGACCGCUUGGAGGUCAGCCGCGAGAGCAAUUCCGAACUCUGGUUUGCGAUUCGGGGUGCCGGUCAAAACUUUGGGAUUGUUACCUCUGCUACAAUGCGAGCUUACCCUGUUGACAAGUCCGGUUUGAGUGCUUGGUUGGCUACUCUAACAUUUUCUGAGAAGAAAAUUGAGGAUCUCGUCCAGGCAAUGGACACUCUCAUUCUCCGUCCAGAGAUGGCCAUCAAUUUGAUUUUUUCAGCAUCGGAGUCCGGCGACAAUAUUUCUUUCUCUAUUACGGCGAACCUUUUCUAUUACGGUACAGAUAGCGCAGGCAGGGAAGCCUUUUCAACCAUUUAUGCGGCUGGACCUGAGACCGAUGAUGCCGGGGUGCUAUCCUAUGAUCAUUGGAAUGAUCCUCAAGAUGGGGGCUGCGCAAAAGGCCAACGCAAGCAGCGGUAUGGUGCUGGUCUUGCACGAAUGGUGCCUGCCACCUGGCGCGAACUGUUCCAGGAAUACAAGACAUUUGUCAAGCAAACCGGAGCGGUAAAGAGCGUAGUCAUUAUGAACGGUAAUCCCAUCCGGGAAUCGACGGACGUUCUUGACUACGCCUAUCCUUUCCGCAGCACGAUUAAAUUCAAUACCUGGGUAGAACCGUCAGUUGUAGACUCGCGCCUCGAUGCAGUAGCCAGGGAAUGGGGGUUGAAGUCCCGCGACUUGCUACGAUCAACAUCGGGCUUGACUAAAAAUUGCACUUAUAUCAAUGGCGCAUAUGGAGACGAAGAGUUGUCCGUGGUGUACGGCGAGAAUGUCCAACGGCUGAGAAAUCUUAAGGCUCAGAUGGACCCACAUGGCCGUUUCAACGAAUGGUUCCCUCUAUCAUGA